UUUUCCUAAAGAGAGGCCUCCACUUCUACCACACAGAGCCAAACAGAAGAUCAAACUACCUAGUAAGACAAAAGCCCAUAAUUGACUAUCUCCAGUAAACGCCAUCAGCCAUUGAGCAGUCUUCUCUGUCCAAGACGCCACCCAAAUUGCGAUUUAAAAACUUCACUUGCUAUUUGCUUUAGCAAUUGUACUCCCCAUUGCAACUUUCCUUGCCUUUCCUCCGAACUCUGCAAAAUGGCCCAAUCCAACAUUAGAGAGCAGGCAUUAUACAAGAUAUCAACAAGGCUAUUUGGUAAAAUAUGAUCAAAGCAGGCUUUAUUUCUUGCUUUCCAAAUAGCCCAGAUAACAGCUGCCACACCCACUAACAUCAGUUGUUUUGUUGUUUUAUCACAAGUUUGAAUCCAAGAGCUUGGAAAUAAAUUGUUUAGUUGAUAUUUCUUUUCGCGAACGUUUUAGUUGAUAUUUCUUGUCAUAUUGGGCACUGAUCUACCCAGAAUCUAACCCAUUCCAGUUAAUUUUCCUGUAGAACUCAACUUUUCAGGAAAUGAUCAUAUCAGGAAACUUUCCAUCCAGUCUGUUUGUAGCAUUGAUGGCAACCAUACUGUACGACCAGGAGAAUGCCAUUUACCAUCGUAGACCUAAUUGCUAAAACAAAAGGAGAAGAUCUGCAUGUUCCUCUCCGGUCAGGCUUGGCUGAUUAUCAUGGCCAAUCCGCCACCGGCGGCCGGCUGCAGCAUCAGCAUGCAUUUCAUCAGUAAGCCUGAGAGGAAGCAUUCCCUAUCAAAGUAUUGUAGUAUGUCAAUAUCAACAGUAUCUAUUGCCGUUUGGACCAUUUUUUAUUGUCAAAGUUUCACUUUGGACCAGUUUACUCUCUCUAUAUUUUUUUGGGUAGUUUUGAUCAUCCCGACUCCUUCUCUAGCCAUGUCUAACCAUCCAUCCAAUAGAGAUAUGACUUGUACAUGGGGGAGAGAGUCCAUUGUCGUGCUAGAGCCGAUGUGCUUGAGGUAACUAUGUGCAGAUGUAGUGCUUCUUCCAGGAAGAAAGCACCACAAACAGCCUUCUCUUCCUCAUUUGGUAUCAGCUAAUGCUAUUUAAUGACGCUUUAGUCUUCAAGUCAAACUUAUAAUGAAUUGCUAAUGUUAGUCUUUUUUUUUUUUGAACUAGUAGAGCAUUGCUCCCCCCAUUUCCAUUAAUAAAAUGAGACAGUAUUACAGGUCUGGAAAUGUUAGUCUUAAUGCUUCUAAGUUCUAAUCAUAUAGCUAGUUUGAAUAUGAGACUCCAAUAAUAGGACAGCAGCAAGUCGAUACUAGGGACAAUGUAAUGUCUAUUACUAGCAGACAAUGGCUCCAAUAUAUCCAAACCAUCUUGCUCGUUUAUCACCACCUUUAUACUAGCCAAAAGACCUAGACAAUGAUCAAUUUGAUCAUAUGAGGAGCAAAUUAAUCACAAGUGUUUCCUCACAAAGUGUUACACCUUCCAUCCACCAACCUGUUCUGUAGCUUACCACUGAAACACACGGCAGGUAGCAUUGACCAAUUACUGUACAACCUGAAGAAUGCCAAUUUCCAUGCCAUCUACCAUUGUAGACCAAACUGCAGAGCAAACGGAAAAGACCUGCUUCGUCGUCCUCCUCUCCGGUCAAGCCUGGAUGUUUAUCACGGCCAACCUGCCGCCGGAGUGCUAUAAAACCGAUGGCCGGUCGGCUGCAGUAUCAGCAUGCAUUCCUCAGCUGACAGUCAGUCACAGGCAGAGUGAACACCAUAUUGCUUGCAGAGUUGCAGGCUUUCAUCAGCAGCUGAGGUAAGAGACAGUGUCAGCUGCUUCAUCUGAAAACCUACAGAAAUCAAGCGGUUGGGAGUUGAAAACCUGUUGCCUAGCAAUGGCAGCAAUGCAACAGAGAGGCAGACUGCAGCCGGCUGGGCUCUACAGAGGAGUAGGCCACCAAAAUCCAGCUCCUCAGCCAGCAAGAAGCAGAACUACUACCACGAUUCAUGGAGGAGGCUACCAAAAGAGCACUGGUGUUAGGAGCCACCAAAAACAAGCAGUUGUUCAGCCAACUGUAAGACCAUCAUCAUGGCUCCCUGGAGGAACUUACAGGAAACCUGUUACCUUCAAAACUCAAAAGCCACCAAAACCAGCCAUUGCUAAGCCGGUUGUAAGGUACAUUGAUACUAGUUUUAUACACUCUCUUCAGUAGGUAACGCUUUACAAUGUUAAUUUGUGAUACUAGUACCUUGUCUGUGGUUUGGCUCAUUGCCUCCCUUCAUUUCUUGUUUGCCUUCUUUUGUUCAUUCUUGCUCAACUUGAAGUUCAUGUUAGCAGACCAAGGCCGUCAAUUCAGCAAGGGGGCUACCAAAAAAAUGUCAUUGGUCCGCAAUCCAGGACAAAGCCAGCACCUCAUCUGCAAUUUAGGAAGCCUGAAGGCCCCAUUUCCAUUCCAGAAGUAAGCAUUUCAUAAAACCACGAUAUCCAUAUCUUAAUAGAAUAGAACCAGAAAACAUCUUAUUCAAAAUGCAUUUGCUAACCAGAAGAACCAUGAGCACCAUGAGCAGAAUAAGGUUAAACCUGCCAGCUCUAGUGGCAAGGUGAAGUUCACCGAGUUCAAAACUUCAGAUAUCGAUGCUGCGGUCAGCAAACCAGUGAUGCGGCUCCAUGAAAUGAAAGAUUAUAGUGUGUACAAGUCAAAAUUCGGUGCUAUCAUGCUUCCAAAAGAGGGAGCUUCACCAAGCAUGGAAGAGUUUACUUGAGCUGUAAGUACAAUUGAACACUCAUUAUCUAGAAAAGAAGUACCAUUGAACACACAAUAAUAAUAUAGUAUGCUUUCUUCCCCGACCUGGCGGGCUAUCAUCUAUGGGUUGGAGUUACUGAAGAAGGGGAUAAUUUGGAGGGUCGGUAAUGGUCAGUCUAUACGCAUGUGGAGAGACCCUUGGAUUCCUCGGGAUCACUCGAGAAGACCAGUGACGAUGAGAGGAAAUUGCAGACUGAAAUGGGUCUCUGAUUUAAUAGGGCAAGAUGGUACCUGGGAUGUUGCACAGAUCAGGAGGUGCUUCCUGAACAUAGACACUGAGUUAAUCUUAUCGAUUUGUCUUUCUCCCCGCCAGGAAGAAGACUUUCUAGCUUGGCACCUUGACAAGUUUGGGCGGUUCUCAGUCCGGAGUGCUUAUAAUCUUGCCUGUAGGCUGGCAAAUACUGAAGGAUCCUCAAGUUCCUCUGCUUUGCAUUCCCGCAAAUCCUGGGAUUUAAUUUGGAAGUGUAAGCUCCCACAGAAGAUUAAAAUCUUUGCCUGGAAAGUGGCCUCCAAUUGUUUAGCUACCAUGGACAACAAAAGGAAAAGGAAGUUGGUAAACUCUGAUAUCUGUAUCAUCUGCAACAGAGAGGUGGAGAAUUCUGUACACGCUCUCUGCAAAUGUCCCCGAGCCAGUGCCUUGUUGUCGGAUAUGGUACAGUCAGGUAACUUGUCGCUUGAUUUGGUGAAUUUCCAAUUCGGCAAUUACUGGCUGUUUGAUUGUUUGGAAUAUCUACCAACCGAAGAACAUGAGAUGUUUUUAUUAACUCUCUGGCGAAACUGGUAUGUGCGUAAUGAAAUCACACAUAAUAAGCCGCCUCCUCCGCUGGAAGUCUCCAAAAGAUUCCUGGAAAGUUAUAUUGCUACUCUAUUCCAAAUCAGGGAAUACCCCCACGCUGAUCUGGAAAAAGGUAAAACUGUUGUUAGCAGAUCUGUUAUAAGUGCACUUAGAAGAAGAGGACCAGAUGGUCCUCCUACUGCAUCGACCCGUUUGCACUGGGAGAAGCCGAGGCUGGGCUGGAUGAAACUUAAUGUAGAUGGCUCAUUUGAUGCUGAUCGUGGGAAGGGAGGUAUCGGUAUGAUUCUACGGGACAACAGUGGUAGUACAGUUUUUGCAGCAUGUAAGUCCCUGGAUAGCUGCAAGAAUGCCCUGGAGGCAGAAAUCCGAGCUUGCAUGGAGGGAUUGAUUUUGGCCCUGCAGUGGACUAUGCGCCCUAUCUUGAUUGAAACAGAUUGUGUUUCGCUAGUCAAUCUUCUGAAGGAAGGGAAUAGGGAUCUGUCUGAAUUAGCUAAUUUAGUCCAGGAGAUUAAACGCCUGUUGUCAGAGCGUAGGGAAGUGUUGGUUACCAAGAUCCAUCGUAGCCAAAACGGUGUUAGCCACCUUUUAGCUAAUAGGGCUAGGGCCGAUUCAAUUUCUGGGCUUUGGCCGGAAGGAAGUUGUAAUUUCAUUUCACAGCUAGUCUGUGAGGACGUUUUGAAUGAGUAAUACACUUUUUUCCCCGCAAAAAAAAAUAUAGUAUGCAUUCUGCCCUGCAUUUUUGCUCAGGUGCAUCUAGUAAUGGAUGAAAUGCAUCAUCAAUAACCCAAUAUUUUUCAGGAAAGGCGUAAAAAGCUUACGCAUCAUUACAUAUUUAAGAUUGGAAGGAAACAAAGACAAUAACCCAAUGUGACUGAAGUUUCCCAUUGAAAAUUGUUGAAAAUAAUGACAGCAAUAAUUUGACAUUGCAUGUAUAACAUUUCAAUAUGCAAUAGCUGUAUAUCUUCAUGCAAGUUAUAGAUAUUAUAUAUUCUUCUGUUUUUCUGACUAUAUCUCUGAAA